AUGGCUGCCCAAAAGGAUUUAAAGAAGGAUAAAAAAGACAUUAAGCUUCAAAAUAUCGAAUUUGUUGGUAUAGUUAGAGAAGUUCACUCUGGUGAUUCUCUCACAAUCUAAUCAACUAAAACUAAUAACAUCGCCAGAUUUUUCUUGACUCACGUCAGAGCUCCUAAGGUUGGAACCAAUGAUACACAAGAUAAACCUUAUGCUUUUGAAUCUAAAGAAUUCCUUCGUAAGAAACUCAUAGGUCAAUAAGUAGAAGUAAAAUUUGAAUAUGAAAAAACUGUUAAAGUCGCCAAAUCUUGGGAAGAUGACAGUGAAGCUACUGAAAAACAAAUGAACUUCUGUACUGUGUUCUACUAAGGCUAAAAUAUUAAUCUCUAAUUAAUCCAAGAAGGUUAUGCUGAGUUCAAUUUCGCCAGAACAGAAGAAGAAAAAUCAUAAUAUCACGAUGAAUUGAAGACUGCUUCUGAAGAAGCUGCUAAGAAAAAGAAGGGUCUCCACUCUACCAAAAAUAUCCCUCUCCACAGAUUCAAUGAUAUUUCUCGUUUGAAAAAUAAGCCUAAACUUCUUGAGCACUUCAACUCAUUGAAAUCAAAAGCUAGAUUAACUGGUGUUGUUGAAUUGGUCAUUAGUGGUGGUAUUUAUAAAGUUAGAGUUAAUGAAGAACCAUACUCCAUUCUUGUUCUUUUAAGCGGUGUCAGAUGCUUACCUCCUGAUAGUAAUAUUCCCGAAUACACCACCUGGUCAAGCAAAGCAUUAGAUUUUGCUAAAAAUAAUCUACUUUAGAGAGAUGUUGAAAUCCAAUUAGAACGUAUGGAUAACAAGGGUAAGUUCCAUGCUACUGUUUUAGUGAAUAAGUAAAAUUAUGCAAGCUAGCUCUUAUCUUAAGGACUUUGCUUUACUUUUGGUAAGGCUAAACAUACUACCGAAUAUGAAGCUAUUGAAAAGGAAGUAUAAGCAGCCAAGAAAGGAUUAUUCGGUUCAAAUAAAAUAAAUAUUGAAAGUUUACGUGGUUAAAAUUUUGAUGUAGAUUAAAAAAAUGUUAAAGCUAUUUCAGGUAGCAUUUAAGCCAAGUUAAGCGAAUUAAUUAACACUGAUGAAUUCUAUAUCCAAGAAAAUUCUCGUAUUGCUGUUUUAGAUAAGAUGGAAAAGGAACUCGAUGAUUUUGACUUAGAAGCUUAUCCUAAACUUUAAUAACCUGUUUAGCCUGGUACACCUUGUGUAGCUCUUUUCAGUGGAGACAAUAAUUAUUAUAGAGGUAAAAUAGUUAAGAAGCGUAAUGAUAAUAAAUACGAAGUAUUUUUCAUUGAUUACGGCUUCUACGAUAGUGUUCAUAUUGAUGAUAUGUGCAAAUUACCUGAAAAAUGGGCUCCUAUUCAACCAUUUGCUAUCAAGCUCGGAUUAGCUUACUGCGUUGGUUUACACGAUAAGCAUCCCUUGGCAGUAGAAAGUGAUGAAACAUUCAAAGAGUUAGCUUGGGGCAAAAAAAUCCACUUAUCUUACAAAUACGAAGACAACGGCGUAAAAUAUGUUAUUGUAUAAGAUGCAGCUAAUACUCCCUUGAACUAAACCAUCAACUUCCAACUUCUUAAAAAGGGUUUGGUUAGAUUAGAUGAAGGAGUAGCCCUCCCUGAAGAACUUCAAGCUUGGUAAGAAGAAUAAGAUUUCGCUAAAGAAAAGAAAAUCGGUCUUUGGGCUUAUGAUGAAUAAGAAAAUGAUGAUUGA